GGUGUAAUCACGUGACAUUGCAUCAAGUGACCGUGGAGUCGGUGCUGCAGCAGGCGGGAAGAAACAAAGGCCAUUGCAGCCUGAGGCAGAAAGUCCGAAAUACGGAUUCACAUCGGAUCGCUUUAACCCUUGAAAGGGCUGCAUCAUCCAGCAUCUGGCGGGGCAAUCAUCAGCCUAGAGCCACCAAAAGAGUCACAGAAAUCACAUCAAGACACCAGGAUUGAUCAAUAGUUGUUACUAUUACCCUACAAGAAAAUCUUUUCCACAAUCAAUCACACCAUCACAUCAUCCAAUAUUGAUAAAUACCCAAGUUCUUCAUCGGCUCGUUCCUUUCAAUAGUUGACGGUCGGUCCAUCACAACGGUAACCAAAUCAGUAAGCAGAAUAAGUAGCACGACGCACCAGUCAAUAUGGGUAAAAAGCAAGCCGCUGGAGAGAAUAGCAGAAAGGCGGCAGGGAACGCCAAGAAAGCUGAAGUUGCUGCGUCAAAAGCGGCAGUUGAGAAAAAUAAAAAGGAUCAAGCAGAGUCAGAAGAAUGGUCCAAGGGCGCAAAGAGCAAUGCAAAGGCUGAAGCUGCAGCACUCAAACAAGCCGAGUUAAAUCGAAAGAAGGCAGAAAAGGAAGCGUUGUUGAAGGCCGAGGAAGCUGCUGCUCCCUCUGGUCCGAAGAACUCGAAGAAGGCCGAAAAGAAGCCUGCUGUUAAAAGAGGUCUCGACCUAUCACAACUUGACGACUCCCCUACUAGUGCUAGUCCAUCAUCAGCUUUGAAUGCUUCCAACAUUGAUGAUGCGCUGGAUGCGCUGGCUUUGACAUCAAAUACGAAGGAAAAGAUUGAUAGGCAUCCAGAAAGGAGAUUCAAGGCUGCUUAUGCAGAAUUCGAACAGAGGAGGCUGGAAGAAAUGGACAACGAUGGCAGUGGAGCGGGAUUGAGAAAGAAUCAAAGACAAGAGAGAAUCAGGAAAGAGUUCGAAAAGAGUCCUUUGAAUCCUUAUAACCAGGUCACUGGAAGAUAUGAUUCAACCAAGGAUGAAUUAGCAGAGAUCAGGCAAGGUGUGCAAGCUGGUCUAGAGUCAAGGUUGGCAGGCAACUAGAUCGCUAUAAGCUGCGUGUUUGCCGGUGUGCGCGGCGAUUUGCUUCAUCUUGUUGGCACACACAACCCUUUGCGAGUCUGGGGGAGAGAGAGGGAGGGUUGACGAUUUAAACGAUACCAUUAUUGCAAGAAAGCACUCAGUAACGAUAGAGAAAGAAUGAAUGAAUGACAUCCAUUAUUAAAGACAAAAUUCAACAUGUGCGAACAAUCUACUCGAAGCA